AUGGCGGCCGGUCCUAUUGCUGAACGAAAUCAAGAUGCAACAAUCUAUGUUGGAGGACUGGACGACAAAGUGUCGGAAACUCUUAUGUGGGAAUUGUUUGUACAGGCUGGACCAGUUGUUAACGUUCACAUGCCAAAGGACCGUGUCACUCAGAUGCACCAAGGCUAUGGUUUUGUGGAGUUCAUGGGAGAAGAUGAUGCGGAUUAUGCAAUCAAGAUAAUGAACAUGAUAAAGCUGUACGGGAAGCCCAUCAGAGUUAACAAGGCUUCAGCACAUCAAAAGAACCUAGACGUUGGGGCCAACAUAUUCAUUGGAAAUUUGGAUGCAGAAGUUGAUGAAAAAUUGCUGUACGACACAUUUUCAGCCUUUGGUGUCAUCUUACAAACGCCGAAGAUUAUGAGAGAUCCAGAAACUGGUAACUCAAAGGGAUUUGCUUUUAUCAACUACGCAAGUUUUGAUGCAUCAGAUGCUGCAAUAGACGCAAUGAACGGCCAAUAUCUCUGCAAUCGUCCGGUAUCUGUGUCAUAUGCAUACAAGAAGGACGCCAAGGGAGAGAGACACGGAUCAGCUGCGGAGAGGUUGUUGGCAGCUCAGAACCCUCUAUCACAGGCCGACCGACCUCAUCAGCUGUUUGCAGACGCACCACCUACAGCCCCCAUUCCACCCCCACCACCUCCUGUGAAUGUCAUGGGGUUGGGUUUGGGACCUCCUCCACCUCCUGUGGGAUUCAACCCUCCGCCACCACCCCCAGUUCCUCCACCAGGAUCGAUUCCUCCUCCUAUGAAUCUACCGCCUCCUCCACUUCCUCCUCAGCAACCUCCUCCGAUGAACAUGUCUCAGAUGCCUCCACCCAUGGGAAACAUGAUGAACCAGCAAAACCCUCCACCCCCGCCACUUCCUCCAUUACCUCCUACCUCGUCUGCUCCUUCCAACAUCAUGCCGCCUCAGGGCAUGCCCCGCCCACCCAUGCCCCCACCUGGGCUGGGUCCACCCAACAUGAACAUGCCACCUGGACCACCCAACAUGCAAAACAUGCAGGGUAUGCAAAUGCCCCCCAUGCCUCCAAACAUGCCCCCAAAUAUGCAGGGUCCCAUGGGACAGAUGCCUCCCAAUAUGCAAGGCCCACAUGGCAUGCAAGGCCCACCCAACAUGCCACCCAAUAUGAUGAACCAGGGAGGCAUGCCUCCACCACCCCGCAUGAUGCCACCUCCGCCCUGGCAGCAGCAAGGGCCCCCACCACAUAUGCAGAACCAAGGCGGCCGCUACCCUCCGCCUCCACCUCCUCAUGGCAAUCGCCCCCCGCCUGGCUGGAGACCUCCUCCUCCUCGAGGUGGGCCUCCGUUUGGGCGACCACCGUUUCCGCCACGAGGCCCACCACCUCCCCCCCCUAGACAGCGACCGCCGCAGAACUACCAUGAUAGAGAUGAUUACGAAGAAAACAACUAUCCUGACUACGGAGAGAACUACUAGAAUGUGUGUUUUAUUAUUAAACACUAGUACUGUAUUUAUAAUAUUAUGUGUCUGAUUUACCUCUGAAACAAACAGAUUUUUAUUAAUAAAGAAGUUCUUAAUAGAAGUCUAGUAACUUUUUUAAAA